GAUGGCCGAUUGGGUCGAGUCGGCCCGCGUGGGAGGAUCUCCCUCGGUUACGGCCGGAAAUCUCCCGUCAUCGGUGAAAACUUGGAUUUCUGGCCGUGGUGAUUUGCACACGGACUCCCACUUUUACCGGCUCAUUCACCCGAACCGUUUUUUAUUUUAAAUUUUUUAAAUCGGUGCCAUGUUUAAUGUCCGCACCCGAUAACCUGUAGCUGGCGACCGCGACAUCUUCAAAUCGAGUCCAAAGGUACCGGUGACCGCCGGUUGUCGUCCUUUUCUAAAACGUCGCGGCAGGAGCCGAGACCGUGCCGCUUUUUCUGAAGAACCCAGUUUCGCGGGUGUUGUUGAACCGUGCGAGGACGUCAAAAUGCAAGGGACACCACACCCGGACUUCAGACAGCAGAGUUUCAGAUGCCAAUUUACCUCAUUCUGCAGAGGAGAAGCCUCUCCUGUGCCCACCUCCGUGUCCAUGAGGAGUGACCAGUCAAAGGAUCCACCUCUGGCAUUCAAAGAUGGACGCCGUUCUGCUGAUAAACGAGUCCCUCUGAAAAGACCACCUUCUGCUGAACUCAGCUGUGUGUCCAUGAAGAGUGACGGGUCAAAAGGUCACCUCAUCGAUUUUAGAAAAAGACACUCCUGUCACAAAAAGAAAAAAAAGCUUAGGAGAGAAGCCUCUCCUGUGCCCACCUCCGUGUCCAUGAGGAGUGACCAGUCAAAGGAUCCACCUCUGGCAUUCAAGGAUGGACGCCGUUCUGCUGAUAAACGAGUCCCUCUGAAAAGACCACGUUCUGCUGAACUCAGCUGUGUGUCCAUGAAGAGUGAUGGGUCAAAAGGUCACCUCAUCGAUUUUAGAAAAAGACACUCCUGUCACAAAAAGAAAAAAAAGCUUAGGAGAGAAGCCUCUCCUGUGCCCACCUCCGUGUCCAUGAGGAGUGACCAGUCAAAGGAUCCACCUCUGGCAUUCAAAGAUGGACGCCGUUCUUCUGCUAAAAGAAUUGACCAGGAGAGCUCAGACGCUCCCAAUGGUCAGUCUCCCCUGCUGAAUCAAAUGAACCUGGACUCUGUAUUUAAGGCGCUUAAGAAGCGCAUCGUCACCCAUGUGAAGAACGAGCUGAAGGUGUUCCGGAGGGUUCUGACACCAGAGGAUGCGGAAUCAGACCAGGGGCUGACGGAGGAUGAGGAAGUGAUGAGCGAUGAGGAGGAGGAAGAGCAGAGGAAGAGCAGCUCGAUGGCUUUACUGAAGAUCACAAUGCACCAGCUGAGGAAAAUGGACCAGGAGUUGCUGUCUGACAUUCUGUGGAGCAGAUGGCUGGAUCCCAUCUCAAAUCAAGUCAAAUCUAAUCUGAAGAAGAAGUUCCGGCGUUUGUUUGAGGGCAUCGCUAAAGCGGGAAACCCGACUCUUCUAAAUCAGAUCUACACAGAGCUCUACAUCACAGAGGGAGGGACUGGAAAGGUCAAUGACGAACACGAGGUCAGACAGAUUGAAACGGCGCCCAGGAAACCAGCGAGAGCAGAAGCAGCGAUCAAAUGUCAAGACAUCUUUAAAUGCGCACCUGAAGGUGUGCAACCUGUACGGUUACUGUUGACGAUGGGAGUGGCUGGCAUCGGGAAAACACUCUUAACACAGAAGUUCACUCUGGACUGGGCUGAGGGCAAAGCCAACUGGAACAUACAGUUCACAUUUCCAUUCACUUUCAGAGAACUGAAUCUGCUAAAAGACAAAAAAUUCAGCUUGAUUGAACUUGUUCAUCGCUUCUUUAGUGAAACCAAAGAAGCAGGAGUCUGCGCGUUUGACAAGUUCCAGGUUUUGUUCAUCUUUGAUGGUCUGGAUGAGUGUCGACUUCCCCUGGACUUCCACAACAACGAGAUCCUGACCGAUGUCACAAAGUCCACGUCAGUGGACGUGCUGCUGACAAACCUCAUCAGGGGGAGACUGCUUCCCUCUGCUCGCCUCUGGAUAACCACACGACCUGCAGCAGCCAGUCAGAUCCCUCCUGAGUGUGUUGACAUGGUGACAGAGGUCAGAGGGUUCACUGACCGACAGAAAGAGGAGUACUUCAGGAAGAGAUUCAGAGAUGAGGAGCAGGCCAGCAGGAUCAUCGCCCACAUCAAGACAUCACGAAGCCUCCACAUCAUGUGCCACAUUCCGGUCUUCUGCUGGAUCACUGCUACAGUUCUGGAGGACGUGUUGAAAACAAGAAAGGGAGGAGAGCUGCCCAAGACCCUGACUGAGAUGUACAUCCACUUCCUAGUGGCUCAGUCCAAACAGAAGAACAUCAAGUAUGAUGGAGGAGCGGAGACAGAUGCACACUGGAAUCCAAAGACUAGCAAGAUGAUAUUGUGUCUGGGAAAACUGGCUUUUGAGCAGCUGCAGAAAAGAAACCUGAUCUUCUACGAAUCAGACCUGACAGAGUGCAGUAUUGAUAUCAGAGCAGCCUCAGUGUGCUCAGGAGUGUUCACACAGAUCUUUAAAGAGGGGAGAGGGCUGUACUGGGACAAGGUGUUCUGCUUCGUCCAUCUGAGUGUUCAGGAGUUUCUGGCUGCUCUUCAUGUCCAUCUGACCUUCAUCAACACUGGUGUGAAUCUCUUUUCAGAAGAACAACAAGCCUGUCAGAUAUCUAACGCAGCCCAUGUCAAAUCUGAACUAAAAUGCCUUCACCAAAGCGCAGUGAACGAGGCCUUACGGAGUCCGAAUGGGAACCUGGACUUGUUCCUCCGCUUCCUACUGGGUCUGUCUCAGCAUACCAAUCAUAUUCUUCUACGAGGCCUGGCGACAGAAUCAGGAGGGAGACCGCAAACCAAUCAGGAAACGAUCGAUUACAUCAAGACGAAGACCGGGGAGAAUCCCUCUGCAGAGAGAAACAUCAAUCUGUUCUACUGCCUGAAUGAGCUGAACGAUCACUCUCUAGAGCAGGAGAUCCAACAGUACCUGAGUUCAGGGCAACUCUCCACGGAAAAACUCUCUCCUGCUCAGUGGUCAGCUCUGGUCUUCAUCUUACUAUCAUCUGGGAAAGAUCUGAAUGUGUUUGACCUGAAGAAAUACUCUGCUUCAGAGCUGGGUCUCCUGAGGAUGCUGCCAGUGGUCAAAGCCUCCAAAAAAUCUGUGCUCGAUAGCUGUAAGCUGUCAGAGAGAAGUUUUGAAGCUCUGGCUUCAGUUCUCACCUGCCAGUCCUCUUGUCUGAAGGACCUGGAUCUGAGUUACAACAACCUGCAGGAUUCAGGAGUGAAGCAGCUCGCGGAUGCUCUGGAGUGUCCAGAUUGUAUACUGGAAGCUCUCAGGUUGAGCGGCUGUGAGCUUACAAGCACGAGCUGUAAAGCUCUGGCCUCAGUUCUGAGCUCGCCGUCGUCCAGACUGAGAGAGCUUGACCUGAGUAACAACGACCUGCAGGAUUCAGGAGUGAAGCUGCUCUCUGUCGGACUGGGGAGUCCACACUGCAAACUGGAAACUCUCAGUUUGAAUCAGACCAACUUAAGGCAGGAAUCCUGUAAAACCCUCUCAUCCGUUCUGAGCUCGCCGUCGUCCAGACUGAGAGAGCUUGACCUGAGUAACAACGACCUGCAGGAUUCAGGAGUGAGGCUGCUCUCCGUUGGACUGGGGAGUCCACACUGCAAACUGGAAAAACUCAGGUUGUCAGGCUGUCUGAUCACAAGGGAAGGCUGUACCUCUCUGGCCUCAGCUCUGAGGUCCAAGCCCUCCCACCCGAGAGAGCUGGACCUGAGCUACAAUCAUCCAGGAGCCUCAGGAGUGAAGCUGCUCUCUGCCGGACUGGAGAGUCCAGGAUCGCGACUCAGGGUGGACCCUUGUGGAGAGGAGUGGUUGAAACCAGGCCUGAAGAAAUACGCACGCAAGCUCAGCCUGGACGUAAACACGGCGCACAGAAACCUCAGACUGUCCGAAGACAACAGAACGGUGGCAAAGGUGCAGGAGGACGUGGCGUAUUCUGCUCACCCGGACAGGUUUGACUGCUGUCAGCUGCUGUGCGGACAGGGUCUGAGAGGCCGCUGCUACUGGGAGGUCGAGUGGGAAGGACUGGUGGAUAUAGCCGUGACGUACAGAGGAAUAAGAAGGAAGGGAAACUGUGCCGCGUGCAGGUUCGGAGGGAACGACAAGUCCUGGAGCCUCUACUGCUCCGACGGCAUUUACUCCAUCUGGCACGACAACCAACAGACCUUCAUACGCCCGCCUCCCUCCUCCGUCUUUGACAGAGUGGCGGUGUAUCUCGACUGGCCGGCGGGCACUCUGUCCUUCUUCGGCGUCUGCUCCGACAAACGGAUCCACCUCCACACCUUCAGCUGCACGUUCACCGAGCCUCUCUACCCUGGGUUUGGAAUAGGGUCCUCGGUGUCUCUGUGUGAGAUGUGAGAAGGGGGUUUUUCUCUCUUUUGGCGUAUCUCCACACACACACACCUGCCUCUUGUAAAACACACGUUGUUGAUGCCUGCUGUGUGAUUGGCACCCCUUUUUCUCGGCGUCGUAAAUCGAUCGGACCGGCGCGCACAGAUGCUGUGCUGAACGCACGCUGGAACCGUUCAAAGUAAUCUCAGUAAUGCCCGUUUCUCCGAAGCCUGGUGAGAAAUUUCUGAAGUAAUAAUAAAACAAGACUCAUGGGGUCGGCAGCCCCUUGUAGCUUUGUUGGUCUGUAGUUGCCAUGGCAAAGACUGCAGAUUGUCAGACGGAUCCAACUUCAUUCACCCUAAAUUCUCAAAUAUUAUAUCAGUAAUUAUUUCCCAUCACAUCUUAUGUAAAGCCCUUUACGUUGCCUUGCUGUAGCUAGUAGUGCCCCAGUAGCAGAGAGGGCCCAAAACAGGGACAGGCUUAUGUUAGAGAGACUCAGAACCUUCUCCGUGGUUUGCCCGUUGCCUUGUCCAAUUUAGUAGCGUGCACAUUUCCGCAGCCCUAAUUCUAGAGUCGCCGCUCUGGUGCUCUCUGGCUUCUGACCAGAGGUUGGAUUCGAAGUAAAGAUCACUACAACGGAACAAGGCACACACCGCCGGCAGGGAGUUGUGCAGGUGCGCCGGAGCAAAACCAAAACGAGGGAAUAAUAAUACUGAAUACUGAAUAAUACUGUCCCACGGUGACGCCGCUGCUCAGAUCUCCACGGGAUAAGCUUGGGUUGGGGAAGGAAGGAGUGUGAUUGUAAUUUAUUUUUUAUUUUUUUGCCAAGUCACCUCAGAAUCAGUAACAUGAUACGGUGGUAUCUCAUGUUAAGUACAGAAAAGGUGUGGGUUAAUAUAAGUUAAAUCCUGAAGUGCGAUGUUGUUUUUGUGUGUCAAUC